AUGAUCCUACGAGCUCCUUCGGGUAGAACCAGCAGCCCUGUUUUCGACCAUUCCACCCGACUCACCGGCGAUUGUUGCGACUCAUCAACGACACCUGCGGGCUCCCCUGCCGGCGAUUUUGGCUCAAGGACUUUGCCACCGAACGGGGGGUCAUACAUUUGGUGGCCGGGGCGAAGGCCUCGCGACGUCGACUUCGCAAAAGCGAUGGCGUCUAUGAUGAUUCGACCAGAUCGCGCAAUCUUGAAACGUCAAGAGGAGGAGUUUCAAUAUGAGACACGAGUUGCAAGCCAACUGGAGCAAUUCAAAGUGGAGCAAAAGGGCCAUUGGGAGAAUCGGAUGAUGAACGUCCUCCGAAAGAACCGCGUCCGGAGCAAGGUUGCUAACCUCCAAGCUCAGCAACAAGCACAGCUUCAGGACCGCCGCUACCGCUUAGCAAAGAAGCUUUCCGACGAGAUGAAGGCUUGGCAGAAAGAGAUGGUAGAAAGGGAGGAAACUCCAGCUCAGCGAAUGGAGCGGAUGUCUGCCCGUGCCUAUGAGCUGAAGAAGCGCCGUGAGGAUGAGCGGAAAGCCGUUGUCCAAGAAAAGCUCUAUCAGCAGUGGAGAGCAGGCAUUGACGACCUACGCACCAUGGACUCGAGGAUCGUGGAGUUGCAGACCAUCGCUGACAGGGAUUUCCAGCUGGACGACAAAGCGCUUCGCAAAGCAGAGGAGAAGGGAGUCGAUGACUUCUAUGCCAAGCUUUGGCAUGAAGGCUACUUGGCCAAGAUCGAGCGAGAAGAGCGGGAAAAGGCCAUGAAGAAUGAGCGCAACGAUCAGCAGAAGAAGACUUUGGGCAUUCAGCUGGACUGGAAGCAGGAAAGAUUGGAUCAAGACAGAGAAGAAGAGGCCGUGGAGGCUGAGCGGCUAAAGAAGAUUUGGGCUGAGCAGGAAGAAGAGGAGAAGAGGGCUGUAGUGGAAGCCCGAAUCUAUGCCAAAGAGGAGCGGCGGAAAGCGGACGAGUACAUGGCAAUCCAACAAGCCCAGCGCGCAGAGGAAGAGCGCCAAGAGAAGGACUUCGACAAGAACUUUGUGAAUGGAGUGCUCGAGCGAGAGCGUUUGAUCGCGGAGCAGGAGGAGGCUGAGAAGCUGAAGGCCAAGAAGAAAGCCAUGGAGUUCACUGAAGCCUUGAAGCUGGAGAUGGCCAGAAAGGCUGCCAGCGAAGAGGAGCUUCUUCGUUUGCAGGAUGAAGAGUCAGAACGCCAGUGGCAAAAGCGCUAUGCACAAUGGGAGAAGGAAGAACUUGCUCGCCGCGCUUUGAUGGAGGAGGUAUAUCAUGAUCGAGCAGAACAAGUGAAGUUGAAGCAUCAGCUGCGUGAGCAGGUGAAAUCAGAUAUCGCCAAGGAGCGUGGGCAGAUCGAGCAGGAGAUGAAGCGCCUGGAGGCCAUCGAGCAACAACGUGAAGAGGGCGAGAAGUUGGUGGCCAUGCGACACCAAGAAGAGCUCUUCCGGCAGAUGGACUUCCAUCAGGUGCAGCGCCAUCGACAACUCCAGCAGCAUGCCAUCGAGCAGCGGCAGGCAGCCAUCGCAGAGGAGAAGAUUCGCCGUGCUGUGGAGCAGGAAAAGAAGAAGGCCAACGCUAUCAUGUCGGAGGUCCUGGAGAAGCGUGCGGCGGCGGCUGCGGCCAAAUUGGUCACUGCUCCUUGGGACAGGUGA